AGUCUAGCAGCCAAAACAGUCAGUUCAGUGUUGGUUCUAGUGUACAGGAGGCUUCCAGGGAUGCGACUUCUAUUGGUAGUGUUGGUGGUGAUGCUGGGCGGCUGUACUGUGGGGGAUCUACCGCCCCGAGAGAAGUCAUAUAAAGUUUUAGUUCUCCUAAUAACAUCCCCGAUUAGCCACAGGAACGUUUUCAUCCCUAUAGCAGAGGCCUUGGCUGACCGAGGUCACCAGGUGGAUGUGUUAGCCAGCCACCCGAACUUCUCCACCACCAGCAACAUCACGCAAUAUAACACUGGAAUCAAAUUCGCAAGAAACAAUAACACGUUCAGAAUUCUUGAAAAUGAACUCGAUCUAUUGGGCAUUAUGAAGAACGUAACACCAUCACGGGUGGACAAGGUGUACCAGUCUCCCGUAGUGUUGGAGCUCUACAAGAGAAGGAAAACGUAUGAUAUCAUUCUCAUAGAUCACUUUGGCAAUGAGGUGGCAUUUCCGUUCUUGUACGAGAUGCCUUUCAUCACUGUUGCCACUGUUGGCAUGGACCCCACACAGAGUGCUCUUAUGGGCAACGUUCUCAAUCCAGCCUACACACCUUCCUUAAUGGACACGAUCCCUCCACCAUGGAGUGUUUACCAUCGUUUUAUCAACACACUGUCCCACAUCAGCUACCUGUUUUUCUAUUACUACUGGACUUUUGUACCAGCAGUUCAAGAAAAGAUAUCAGCAAAGUUCCCAGAGCUUCCGCUGCUUAUAGAUAUAACCAAGAAUCAGAGUCUGACGCUGAUAAACUCCCACUUCAGUAUGACAAUGUCAUACCCACUCCUUCCCUCCCAAGUGGAGGUGGGAGCCGUCCAUUGUCGUCCAGGCAAAGCUCUGCCAGAGGAUCUCAGUUCAUGGAUUGAGGGCGCCGGGGAAGUUGGUGUUUUUUAUUUCAGCUUAGGAUCCAUUACUAGUGGCCAUGCAAUGCCCACCAAGUACCUCAAUUUAUUCAUUGAAGCCUUCAGGAGACUUGAGCAGCGGGUUAUCUGGAAGUAUGAAGGUGAUCUCCCUGGACUUUCAGACAACGUUCUCACAAAGCCCUGGCUUCCUCAACAGGAUAUUUUAAGUGAUCCAGGAGUGAAGGUGUUCAUGAGUCAUGGAGGUCUUCUGAGUACACAGGAAGCCAUGUACCAUGCUACACCCAUCCUGAUACAAGAGGAACAUGCAGGAACUAUCAAACUCUCUGAGGGACCAGUUGACGACACCAAAAGAGCGGGCAGUGUUUUGGACGGAAUAUGUGAUCCGUCACGGAGGAGCGCCUCAGCUCAGGUCUCCAGCUGCCAACCUCUCCUGGAUAGAGUACCUGAUGCUGGACGUUUUGUUGCUUCUCUUCCUGGCUGUUAUCGUCACUUUUUUCAUCGUCAAGAAGAUGGUGUUACUGAUGAUAAAAUUCAUAUUUACUAAUAUACAAACAAAAGAUAAGCUUGCUUAACUGACGUUAUCGGUAUCAGUGAUGUUACAUUUUCAUUGAAGACUAUGAAUAACUAAGUGUAUUUCAGUCGAGUCGAGAUCCCAAUCAAGUUUCCUCGUAUUCCAUAACCCUAUUUCCUUAAUACAUACGACUGGAAUAGUGCUGAGUGAGGUAUAAAUUGAUAAUUGGAGUUAAACAUUUGCGUGUACAAUUUGAAGGGAAUCAGAAAAUUCAUUCACAAGUCAUCAUAUGAAGAGUAAUAUACAAAUUUUUCAAUAAAAAUGGUAAAAUAUGACAUAUUCAUUCACUGUUUGUAAUUAGGAUGUGUAGGAACAAAAGAACAUUAUCCUUUUCCAUCUAUUCAGUAAUUUGAUUUUUUCAGUAUUGUGAAUUUAGAUAAUUUUUGAGCAUCAUAAUAUGAUCUUCUCUUUUCAAUAGCAUAAAAUGUCAUCAAUAUUAUGUCUGCAAGAUACAGAAUAAAUUUAACGGGCAAUUAUCAAGUUAAGUUGUUUCAUGAAAACAUAGAAAAACAAAAACAAGAGUGGCCCAAGAGGAGAACCCAUUGCAACACCGUUAAUCUUCUCAUAUAGUUUAUCACUGAACAUGUAAAGUCAUGAACAGAGAGUUUCAACAUAGAAUUUAAUCGAUUCUUGUUAAUUCCAUCUGCUAAAUCAGAUUCAGCAAAUGAAGAAUUUACUCAAACAGUGUUUGUCCCUAGUAAAUAAAGAUCUAAAAAAUUUUUUUUUGACAUAUUAGCAGGAAAUCUCAUGCUAAAGUUUUUGAUUUCAAGCACAAAUGAGAAAACAUUGUGUACAAUAUUGUAGAGGUCCAAAUGGAAGACACUCUUUCAUUCAAGAUAUCUUAAUAUACAAUGUUUAUGUUUUUGAGAUUGCUGUGUAUCGUGAACUAACAUUCACUGGUCAAGUUUUAAACUGUUUAUUCUGUAUUCCAAAUCUAUGUGAAUUUAAUGUCAUUAGAUACGUAAUUCAUCGACGAUUUUUACUUUUCUUCCAAUUGAAUUAACUUAUAUUUGGAACUGAACAAUUUCUUUUUUCAAAAACAAGGUUAACCUUAAAAGUUAUUCAUUUCAUUAUAAAGAAAUAUUUUGAUAAAAAGUUUAAACUUCCCAAGUCCAAUAUUAAGUAUGUUGGGUUUCUUUACUAUAGACAUGUUAGUUUUGUAAUUAGAAACCUUCUGCACGAUUAUUGCAACUUUACUCUCAGAUUUUUUUUGAUUUGUUAUUACCGACUCUUAACAAUUAUUUUAUUCAGUAAACAUAAAGACAAACUCCAUACACCUUUAUGAUAAAAUAUGUAUAUAGAUAUAUAUAUCCCAACUGUUGGUUGUAUUAUUCUGUAGUUCUCGAAACUUUCAAAUCAGAAUACGUGAAUAAUAUGUCAAAAUAAAAUUGUGGCUAACAGACCAAGUCUUC